AAAAAAAAAGCGUAAUGAGAUCCAGUUCCUGUCUGUACCUCCCCCUGAAAGACGUAGGUUUUAUCCUCAACAUGCUGUGAGUGCGAAGCAUAAAUCAGCAGAAACGGGAAGACGUUCGCAUCUCCGGUGGCUGCCUGCGUUCACUCGCUCCGUUCCUUCUGCAGCAUGAAGCGUGACCUCAAGAACAAACUCUUACUUUUCACAUUCAUGCUCUACUUGACUCUUAACGUGGAAUCAACGCAUGUAGUAAAUGGCUCAUCGGAAGAAAACAUCACGGUUAAAUUCACCUUUCAAGACUCUGUUAUACCCUCCAAACCUAGUCUGUACAAAAAUGGGGAAAAGAUAGCAACUUCGAUAGAAUCCAACGAUUGCAGAGAAAGGUUUGCCCUGAGUGAUGUGAAAAACCAAACUGUGACACUGAACAUCACCAAUCUCACACUGGAAGAUGAAGGGACAUAUCAUGUUGUAGUGCUUACAGAUGGCGUUGAGUCUAUUUUUGAGAGCAAUAAAAUCAGUAUUAAAGUCAAAUUAGUCAAUAAAUCAGCAGAAACUGAUAAAGAAACAGAAGCUGUGCAUGAAAACUUAGGGACUAAUUCACCUAAACUGGAGUCAUCAGAACAAAACUCAUUCUUCAUUUUCUUAAGUGCAUUAGUUACAAUAUUUAUAUUUAUAUGUCUCGUUGUGGGCAUAUUGUUCUGGCUUUUUAGGACCUAUCCAAGAAAACCAGACGCAGAAAACCCUCCAGUUCACACCAACACAACUCAACAGCAGGGGCAGUGUGGGACAUCCGGUGCUGUGUUUGUCAGCUGUGUGGAGUAUGGAGAGUUAGACUUUCAAAAUAGACCUGAAAGAGAUGACAGAGUAGAACCUGCCGAGACGACAUCGAAGGACCAGGACGGAGUGGAAUAUGCUGCCAUCAUUUUCCCUCAGCAAAAACAGCCACCGAGUGGGCGGAUGAGAAAUAAACCGCAAGUACCUGCCAUUAAGUGAUAGUCAGCCUCAUUAAACCAUAUCAUGCAUUGUCCACUAAAGUUAGUCUGUUUCAAUAUAUGCUCAUGUAAACCUAAUGUACUAUUUGGGAGUUUUAUUGAGAGUGCAUAGAAAUUCUAAACAGUUUAAGACUGUUAUGAUUUUUUUUAAUAAUUAAAUUAUCACAAAGUGCCACGUAAGUGAUAAUCUCACCGUUAACUAGUUCACAACGAUACUGUAGACGUGCCACAGAGUUCAACACUGAAUCAUAAUGAAGUGCUAACCACAGAAGCCCCCAUAAACAAACCUGAGGUGAAUUACAUAAACCAGGCUCAUUGGAAAAAAAAAAACACUCUUAUUCUGCAAAAUUAUAUUAUGUUGCUGUGCUUCUUUUGUUUUUGUUUUUUUGGGCCAGCGAGUGGCACUUAGAGCACAGUUUAGGUUCAGUUUGAUCUAAAACAGAUGAACGUGAAUGUGGCAGUGUUUUAUUAUGUUGGUUGUUGAAUGUGUUGUGGCAGUCCGUUAAUGUAAUGUCUGGUGCUAAGAGGCUAAUGCUCUACCGCGUUUGUAGAGCUGGGUAGAUUAAUUACAAAUUGUGAUCUGUAAUCUGUAAUCUGGGGAAGUUGUGGCCUAGGGGUUAGAGACAUUGACUCCUAACCCUAGGGUUGUGGGUUCGAGUCU